GAGGCUUGGGGCUGCAAGCUUUGGGAGGCAGAGAGGGAGAAGAGGGAGGGGCGCCGACUGGGCAGUCCAAAGAGGAGGGGGCCUUUAAUAGGCUCGCCCAGCGCCUGCUUUGCGGCGCUGCGAGUGGCGGAGGUUGGGAGAAGCCGCCCGGCAUCUCCCUCUAGUUCUCGGCUGCAAAUCUUCGUCCUUGCACUUGACAGUGAUUGUACUUAAGCUCCCAGGGCGCGCUUUGCUUGGAAAGGCACAGGUAGGAGGCGCGGGCUGCCCGUUGCAGGCUCACUGCUCUGAGAGGAGUCUCUCUUCAUGCGCUCUCCUUUCUGAGAGCUGCGGGCUUCUCCAAGUGUUUUGUGGUUUCAGUGCUGGCUGCAAAGGGGUACGUGCCGGCAACCGGGGGAGCCCGGCUGAGCCCUUGCGAGAGCGCCGCUGCGCGCUGCCCGGCGCCAUGCUCCUGCUGGGCAUCUUAACCCUGGCUCUCGCCUGGAUACCCGCCGGCGGGUCCGAGCCAGAACGGGAGGUGGUGGUCCCCAUCCGACUGGACCAGGACAUCAACGGUCGCCACUAUUACCAGCGGAGUCCUGAGGACUCCGGGAACCAAGGACUCAUUUUUCAGAUCACAGCAUUUCAGGAGGACUUUUACCUACACCUGAUGCCGGAUGCUCAGUUCCUGGCGCCAGCUUUUGCUACCGAGUAUCUGGGCGUUCCCCUCCAGGAGCUCACCCGGAGCUCUCCAGACUUGCGACGUUGCUUUUACUCUGGGGACGUGAACGCCGAGCCGGACUCGUUCGCCGCGGUGAGCCUGUGCGGGGGGCUACGCGGAGCCUUCGGCUACCGUGGAACCGAGUAUGUCAUUAGCCCUCUGCCCAACGCUAGCGUGCCGGUGGCGCAGCGCAACAGCCAGGGCGCACACCUCCUCCAGCGCAGGGGCGUCCCCGGAGGGCCGGCCGGAGAUCCCACCUCUCGCUGCGGGGUGGCCUCAGGCUGGAACCCCGCCAUCCUGCGGGCUUUAGACCCUUACAAGCCUCGGCGGACUGGCUUAGGGGGGAGCCGCAGUUGGCGCAGGUCCGGGCGCGCGAAACGGUUCGUGUCUAUUCCACGCUACGUGGAGACGCUGGUGGUGGCGGACGAGUCCAUGGUCAAGUUCCACGGCGCGGACUUGGAGCAUUAUCUGCUGACGCUACUGGCCACCGCGGCGCGACUCUACCGCCAUCCCAGCAUCCUCAACCCCAUCAGCAUCGUGGUGGUCAAGGUCCUGCUUCUCGGAGACCGCGACACAGGGCCCAAGGUCACGGGCAACGCGGCCUUGACUCUGCGCAACUUCUGCGCCUGGCAAAAGAAGCUAAAUAAAGUGAGCGACAAACACCCUGAAUACUGGGACACCGCCAUCCUUUUCACCAGGCAGGACCUGUGUGGGGCCACUACCUGUGACACACUGGGUAUGGCCGAUGUGGGCACCAUGUGUGACCCCAAGAGAAGUUGUUCUGUGAUCGAGGAUGAUGGGCUUCCGUCAGCCUUCACCACUGCCCAUGAACUGGGCCAUGUGUUCAACAUGCCCCAUGACAAUGUGAAAGUGUGUGAGGAGGUGUUUGGAAAACUCCGAGCCAACCACAUGAUGUCCCCCACGCUCAUCCAGAUUGACCGUGCCAACCCCUGGUCAGCCUGCAGUGCUGCCAUCGUCACUGACUUCCUGGACAGUGGGCACGGUGACUGUCUCCUGGACCAACCCAGCAAGCCCAUCACCCUGCCUGAGGACCUUCCAGGCACCAGCUACACCCUGAGUCAGCAGUGCGAGCUGGCCUUUGGUGUGGGCUCGAAGCCCUGUCCCUACAUGCAGUACUGCACCAAACUGUGGUGCACCGGCAAGGCGAAGGGGCAGAUGGUGUGCCAGACCCGCCACUUCCCCUGGGCAGAUGGCACCAGCUGUGGUGAGGGCAAGUUCUGCCUCAAGGGGACCUGUGUGGAGAAGUAUAACCUCAAUAAGUACCAGGUGGACGGUUCCUGGGCCAAAUGGGAGUCCUAUGGCCCCUGCUCCCGCACCUGUGGCGGGGGCGUGCAGCUGGCCCGGAGGCAGUGCAGCAACCCUGCGCCUGCCAAUGGGGGCAAGUACUGCGAGGGAGUGAGGGUGAAAUACCGAUCUUGCAACCUGGAGCCCUGCCCCAGCUCAGCCUCUGGCAAGAGCUUCCGGGAGGAGCAGUGUGAAGCUUUCAAUGGCUACAACCACAGCACCAACAGGCUGAACCUUGCUGUGGCCUGGGUGCCCAAGUACUCAGGCGUGUCUCCCCGGGACAAGUGCAAGCUUAUCUGCCGAGCCAAUGGCACUGGCUAUUUCUAUGUGUUGGCACCCAAGGUGGUGGAUGGCACCCUCUGCACGCCCGACUCCACCUCAGUCUGCGUCCAAGGCAAGUGCAUCAAGGCUGGCUGUGACGGAAACCUGGGCUCCAAGAAGAAGUUCGACAAAUGCGGGGUGUGUGGGGGAGACAAUAAGAGCUGUAAGAAGGUGACAGGACUCUUCACUAAGCCUAUGCAUGGCUACAAUUUCGUGGUGACCAUCCCCGUGGGCGCCUCGAACAUUGACAUCCGCCAACGUGGCUACAAGGGACUGAUCGGCGAUGACAACUACCUGGCCCUGAAGAACAGCCAGGGCAAGUACCUGCUCAACGGGCACUUCGUGGUGUCGGCUGUGGAGCGGGACCUGGUGGUGAAGGGAAGCCUCCUGCGCUACAGUGGCACGGGGACCGCGGUGGAGAGCCUGCAGGCCUCCCGGCCCAUCCUGGAGCCUCUGACGGUGGAGGUCCUCUCUGUGGGGAAGAUGACGCCACCCCGAGUGCGCUACUCUUUUUAUCUGCCCAAGGAGCCUCGAGAGGACAAAUCUCCCCACCCUAAGGACUCUCGGGACCCUUCUCUGCUCCACAACAGUGUCCUCAACCUCUCUAAUCAAGUGGAGCAGCCAGAUGACAGGCCCUCUGCACGCUGGGUGGCAGGCAGCUGGGGCCCUUGCUCUGCCAGCUGUGGCAGUGGCCUGCAGAAGCGGGCAGUGGACUGUCGCGGCUCCCCAGGGCAGCAUGUGGCUUCUGCCUGCGAUGCAGCCCAUCGACCAGUGGAGACUCGAGCUUGUGGGGAGCCCUGCCCCACCUGGGAGCUGGGUCCCUGGUCACCUUGCUCCAAGAGCUGUGGCCGGGGAUUUAAGAGGCGUCCACUCAAGUGUCUGGGCCAUGGAGGGCGGCUGCUGGUCCGGGACCAGUGCAACCUGCGCCGGAAGCCUCAGGAACUAGACUUCUGCAUCUUGAGGCCAUGCUGAAUAGGAUUGGCCCUUCUUCUCCUCGCUCUGCCCAUUGGUGCUGCCAGCAUUCUGGCCGGCUGGAACUGUGGGCAGAGGGCUGUGGCCGGUUGCCCAUGCCAUGGUGUCCCCACAUCCAGGGACAAGGACCACGGCAGAGCCAGAGAGUCCCUCCUCCUCCCUGGCCUGGGCAGGGGAAGCUGAGUAACUAAUGCACAGUCUACCUCAUGCCCGGCUCCUCCAAAGCCCAGUCUCGGGGAGAGGCUGAGUGGUGCGGUGCUGGGCGGAAGGCGCUGGGGCCCAGGCAGAACUUCAGGGACCUUGGCCUCCAUCAGUGAGGCCACAGGCUGCUGGAAGAGCCAUGGCUUGGUGGUGUGGCAUCCUCAGGUGGCCCCAGGGGCUCUGAGCCGUCUCUGAACAAGGCAGGUUUUUAUGGUGCUUUCGGCCUACUUUCCUUCUCUGACUGACAUGGACAGAACAUUAAAGAUGGGGUUGGGGUGGGUGGGCAGAAGAGGAGAGGAGAGUGGGAUUAGGUGUAACUGGAGCCUGGGCUAAUCCAUUUGGGAAGAGGUGUGUGGGGAGAGAGGGUUCUGAGGUUUCCCAUCUUCCUCCGAAGCUUGGUCCUCUUCUCCCCUCUGUCUGGGUGCACCAGGGCAUCUCUAGUGGGAGGACAGGCACGUAGGUGUCCCUUGAAGCUCUGUGGGUAGAAACAGGAAGUGACUAGAGAGUCUGUUGUCUUCUUCAAGAGGAUCUGGCCAUUAAAACAAGAUGCCCAAAUUUACAAGGGGUGAGGGACUCUGUGACUGAAGCAGGGAGUUUGAGGGAGAUCUAGGAGGUUUUACUGUCACUGGGGCUGGGUCAGAGCUUUGGGGGAAUGUCACCUUGGACGGAAUGGAGGAGGCUCCAGUUCCAAUGGUUUCUUCCUCCAGAGAGGCAGGGAUAAAUAAGGCUGACACCUUCGGCUCUGUGUUGCCUUAGACAACCUUCAAAGUGGCCACAGGGAUAUACCCACAAGUGGGGCAUGGGAAAUGCUUAGGAGGCUAUGUGUCUGAUGCCCACACGCUUCAACUAGACAGCUACAAGCAAUCUGGCCCUGGGCACAUCAUGUCACCUCCCAGGCUUCUGCAGUUGGAUAACGGGGUUCAUUGUUUGCUACCUCAGACUAUGCUCUUUGGGAACCCACAGUUGUCCCUUUCUGGGGAUAGUGGUGACCCUGGUGCUUCCAGCAGACCUAGCUGCUGUCCUCUGUGGAUUGAGCUGCCCAGCAUGAACAUGAGAGUGUGGACCUAUCACCCCUAUAUCCCACAACCCGCUGGGGCUCCAAAUACAAAGACAAAGCCUUUCUCUUUAGGUGCUUGGGGACAGGUUCCGGGAGGCACUGAGAUUCAAUGACUGGCCCAGGGGUGCUUGCCAGUCUCCAGUAGUUGUCGCUGGGGAACCCCUAUCUUGGAGACAUGUUAGGGGCCUUUCCAUUAGCUCCAAGUGGGAAGAUGUUUUGGGGGUACAGAUUCUUUUGCCACGCAGGGCAUUUCUUGAGGAUGCAACUGCCACAGCAUGUACCUGUGAGAUUUUUCUUUUGAGUGUAGGUAAUUAAGUCCCCAACUUCAAUGAGGUGACAUCAGAGCAAGUGACUGUCCUGGGAAAAGGGUUCAGUCCUUUGUUCUCCCCUAAUAGUUAGAAUCCACAAACCAACCAGCCAAACAGGCAAGCCUCUGUGUUGCUGUUCUAAUCCGAGUCUAACCCCAGUCUAACCCCAGGUGAGCCCUUGAGUGAAGCUUGGGGGAAGGGAGUGUGGAGGGCAUGUGGGGCUCUGAGUAGGGGAGCUGUUGCCCUUGAAGAGCAGAAUGAGAAUGACUGCCCCCCAUUGAGAACCCUGUGGGGUUGUAGAGCGCCAGGGCAGAUGGGCCCCCCACUAGUUGACGACAGCGCUGUGCCCUGUGCUCGGUGUUCCCACCCGUGGUGGAGAGGGUGGCAUGGGGACUGUGCAGA